ACUUAACCACGGUGGCUUUUAAUCCGGCAUUGGUUGCGUCAUUACGUUAAAGUAAGUUUAGAUAAGAUUUAAUAUUUUGAGCAUCAUGGGUAACGUGUAAGCUAAUUUUUCACUUGUAUUAUAUUUGUAACCGCCUUAAAGUGUUUAUUAGUUUCUAUUAAUGAUUUAUCUAUAUUUUUGAAAGGACUUACUUGUAUAUUUAUUCGAUAAAAAUCGUCAUGGCGGCAGACGCCGUGUCAAAAUCGAACCACCCUGUCCGUUAGAGGGGCGUUGGCAGUUGGAGCAGGAAUGUGCUGCGCGUGCUGUCGCUGGCGAAUGGACAGACAACAUGGAGGAACAGCGGGAUGUUCAAACUUCCAGGAGAAACGGGAGCUCCAGGUCGUUGUUAUCGGCCGGUUCUGCCGUGGCGAUGGAGAUUAAACGGAAGAAAAUACGACAAAGCGCAUUAUUCCUACAAACAGAGAACAAAAGCAUGAAACGAUGCCCCAGUCUCCUGAAUGACACUCUGCAGAUAGUAGAGGACAUGAAUUUGUUGUACAUACGACAGAUUUCUAAGAAGCUACAGAACACAAACAUACAGGAAAAGCUCGACUUUGAGAUGCGAAUGCGCGAGGGUGCCUACAAGCUGCUGCUCGCCUGCAGUAAGAGAGAGCAGGUUCUCAACGCCUCCAAGAACCUGCACACCUGUAACGCCAGGAUCAAGGCUUAUCUCUCACAGCUGCAGAAGAAGAAAGAGGAGCAGGAUGCGAUGGGAGCAGUCAUGAAACUUUCAGAUCCAGUUUCAGAUGAGCGUGUAUCCUGUAAUGGGACAAUUGCAGUGUCUGGGCUGCGCUUUCCUUUGAUGUGGAGGGAUUCAGCUUACUUUAACAACAAAGGGAGCUCCCGUCGAGUUGCGGUGUUCUGUCUGAUGCAGAUUGGCUCCGAGGUGUUUGACACAGAGAUGGUGGUGGUGGACAGAUCAGUCACUGACAUUUGCUUUGAGGGAGUCACCAUCUUUAAAGACGCAGAUCCUUACUUUGAGCUGAAGGUGGAGCUGUGGAGCUGUGCCGUGGAGGAAGAGCUCACCUUGGUAAACACGCCAAAGAAAUUGGCAAAGAAGCUCCGCAGCUCCUUUGGAAAGACCGCUGGGAAGAAGCUGUGCCCUCUGCUGGACAGUCCAGACCCUGACACCUUCCUGCAGUACAACCCCAUACCCGUCGGAGCCAAGUACAGCCUGCUGGCCUACACUACACUGAGCCUGCCCGAGGCAGACGGCAGCUUUCAGUCUCACUCUCUCAUUGUCCUCCAAGACGGGAGGACCAUCCCAACUUUUCAUGUAAGAUGCAACGCUGAGUGGUCAUCUUGGCUCCCCCUGUAUGGCAACCUCUGCUGCCGCUUGGUGGCCCAGCCUACCUGCAUGACACAGAGCAUGAUGAGCGGCUACCUGAGCCAGAAGCAAAGUGUGGAGGGGAUCUAUCGCUGCUGCAGUCUGUACUGUGUACUGAGCGCUGGACUUUUGUCCUGUUACUUCACCCCGGAGGAAAUUGAUGCUAAAGUGCAGCCCACCCUCAACGUCCCUAUCAACAAGGACACCCGGAUCCGUGUGAUGGAGAAGGACUCAGCAGGCCAGAAAUCCAGGAGUCUGUCCAUCAGCAACCCUUCACCGGACGGGUCUGAGACCAUCGUCUUCACCACGGAAACCAGGGAGGAGCUGGAGGACUGGCUGGACGCCCUCCAUCAGCACCUCUAUGAUCAGAGCCAGUGGCUGCACUGCUGCAACCAGCUAAUGAAGAUUGAGGUCGUGUCACCACGGAAACCAUCACUCUUCCUCACCAAGCAGGCUGACUCUGUUUACAAUGACCUCAGUAUAAAUUCACCCGGCAAGUUUGAGAGCAUCACAGACAUGAUCCACAACAAGAUAGAGGAGACAGACGGCCGCUAUCUUAUAGGUCAUGAGGAGGAGAAGGAAGUGCCUAAUUGGUCCACUCUGUUUGACGGGUCCCAUUCAAUGGUAGUAGUGCAGAAGGGUGUUCUGUCCCAGAGCAAAACCUCCACCCCUUACUCAAGCCCCAACCCCAACACCAGCUCUACGUCCAUUGGCAGCAAGAAGCGUCGUGCCCCGCCCCCUCCCUCCGACAGAGAGCCUUACGCUCCUCCGAGCCGCCCUGCCAGACCUCCACUCCCUGCCUCUCUUCCUCCUCCUCUUCCUUCAUACCAGGAGAAGGAGAACUCCGGCUCUUGCACUUCACGCCCAGCUGCAAGGUCCAAAACUGGCAGACCAUCUCUGGAUGCCAAAUUCUCUGCCAUCAUCCAGCAGCUCCAGCGGAGCAACGCAGGAGGAGCUGGAGCCAUCAGCCGGAAAAACGCUCCACUGGGCGUCCUCGACAUACAACCACACAGCCAGCCUCAGCCUCCUCUCCAGCAGCUGGAGCACCACAACCACCACUCCCAGCACGCUGAAGCCGCAGGUGAACACGGCUUCCUCAGAGCGAGUCACGGUCCUGGUCCUGGUCCUGUUCCCGCACCGAGGAGCAAACUGAGGAAGUCUUUCAGAGAGAGGAUGAACCUUAAAGCCUUGUGACCUCCACCUGCAACAUUAGCCGAAUUUAACCAACUAAACUUACUGUGCCACUAAUACAAAUAACAGAACGUUUCAGCUGAGCUCAGUGACAUUUAUAAAAUCAGAUAUCACAGUAUACUUGACUGCAGCUCAGUAGCAAUAAUGAUAUUUAGAGCAUGACUGUAAAUGUGGACCCACUGGUUUUCCCAUUAACAUCAUUAGCUGCUAGUCAGCCCAACCACCUCCCUCUGUGUCCUUAUGCUAAGCUAAGCUAGCUAUCUCCAACUCCAGCUUAAUGAGCUGAUAGAUAAGAGAGUGGUAUCGAUCCUCUCAUCAUAUUUCCCAAACUGUUGACCUAUUUCUUUAACCUAAAGGACGGGUGGGUGACCUGCUCACUUAAACAAAGAUCCUCACAGUGUCCAUCAUGACGACCCAAAUCCCAGCUGACACCUCAUAUCACAAUAUCAAUACUGUAUUGAUGCAUCUGCAGCUCCACUGUCCAUUUAUAUACUCUUUCAUGUGCAACUAACCCGUAGAUGAAAUUGAAAGCUGUAUGUUGGCUCGAGCGCCGCCGUCAUCAAUCCCACUAAAAUGGAAAGGCUUAUUUCUCAGCUCUGCCACUGGAACAUGGACCGAAGAAAGUGCCUUUGCAAAAGCACUCAAAUUGGAAUUGAUCCAUUGGCCGACUGUGAACGAGUCAUUCCUUUUGGAACUAUUGACUUAUUCCACUUACUGUGACAACUUUAUGACCACUAUAGCUGAUUUUAAGGGAGCAGGAUUUUAGGAGCAAUCGCAAGCACUAAUGUGACUUCUCCAUUUCCCAGAGGUCCUAAUAAUGGAGUGACCUUGGUUUUCAGUGGCUACACACUAUGUCCAACAUAAUUUAACACUGCAGCCUGUAAAUGCUAUGUGCAUAAAUGAAUGAAUGAGUCUUUUGAGUGGCUGAAAUAAUGAAUGCGUUUGUGUUUGUGUUUUGAACAUAUCCAAUACUGCCAGCCACUAAAUAUUUCAACCACUUAACAGUCACGUGUUGAAGAAUGGUCUUCGUAAUUACACACAGUGUACAAAACAUUAGCUUCAGCUACUUUCUCUGAAAUUGCCUGGCAAGAUGAAGCAUUACGGUGAAAGCUACAAUCCCAUUUUUUUUAUAUCUCACCCUCUAAAAUUCUGUUUAAUCAAGGGGGGGGGAUGUAGAUUUGGGGGGAGGCGGAUUACAGGAGGAUUUAGUUUAAGCCUUGAAAGAACCAAGAAUGGAUUGUACAAAAGGGGAUGUUGCUCAAUAUUAGCAGCGAGUUCAAUGGCUGAAAUCAUCACAAUAUCCUGUUGCACUUCCUGUAACAUCUUGGCCAUUUUCAGUUGUGCUUAGUGUGCGAGAGACUAAAGGAUAUUAAAUUACACACAGAUGUUAGUGACAGUUAUGGUGAAAGCUAACAUUAGCAUACAGUAUUUCAGAUUAACUGUGUAGCUGUGGUGAAAGCAGGACAUGUUGCUCCUGCAGAUAUUAAAGGGACAGUUCACCCCAAAAUCAAAAAUCUGUAGUGAGAUUAUCAAUCUAGAUUGUUUUUGUGUGAGC